GAGUUUUCCAUUAUCAGCCGUUUCUUAUACUGAAAAGAGAUCACGACAACAGGGCCAAACUGAUAUCUGCAAGGCCCAGCCCAAUCAGAUAUUACCUGAUCUGAUCACCCUAAUUUCAGAUCUGCGAGUUUCAGAUCUGCAGCCGCAGAAGUCUUUAAUUUUCUCGCUCUCCGUCGAAACUCGAAACCAUGUCUCCCGACGAAACCAUGUCUCCCGACGAAACCAUGUCUCGAGUGUGUCAUCCUUUCAGGGCCGGUGUGCGCGCCGAGCGUAACACAGGAGUGUUCUGGGACGUGGUGGAUUUCCCAAUCCCUGAAUGUGAUCCUUAUUUGAUUUCUAAGAAAAUAAAAUCAGCUCUUGAGGAUAAGGGUUGUUAUAAUGGUCCUGUCUCAAUCCGGUUGUACCAAGAUGAGAAAAACCUACUCCCCAAAGAAUUGAUAGAUAGAUAUGAGGCUGCCGGAAUCAGUAUCAAUUUCGUACCCGAAGUUGCUGAGGCGUAUGGAUAUGCGAGAGUUCAUAAGAUGUUAGUGGACAUUCUUUUGUGGGUACUGGACAGUCCUCCUGACCUUUCCAAUUUGAUUAUACUCUCAAAAAACUUCAAAGAAGAGCAGGCCACGGGCGUCCUAUUCGGUUUGCAUUUGAGCGGUAUGAAAGUUCUCUCAGCAGAGCCUUUAUCAGAAUGGAUACCUUUUACUGAAAGCUCAGCUUGGCUUUGGAGUAGGCUUUGUGAAAGCCUAUCAUCAGAUGGAGGCGUUAGAAAGCAAAUCUGAAGAGAGGCUAGUGUUUAGGGUUUAAUGUUUUAUGUUAUAAUGAUGCACUCUGUGAUUGAUAAUCUUUGGUUUGAUCAUUUAUGGGAUUAAGAGUAAACGCAUAUGUAUGUGUCGUUUUGUUAUUUUGAUGCUGUUUUAUAACUAUGUGAAGUGAUAUGUGUAGCUAAUGUUAUGGUAAAUUGCUCGAUGGCAGUA